AUGCGGCGUCUCAAGAGCGGCGCCUGUCACCACGGCGACGCCCGGACACGAAAGCAAUUCUCCAACAGCGCGAACAGAAGAGCUGAGGUCGGCAGAACUCUACGAAGGGAAGUGUGGACCAGGAUGAAGCGAGCACUGAAGAGGACGAGUGCGGGGAAGGUGCAGGUGCACACAGCGGCUUUAGUGGCGCCAGUGAAAGCCACAGAGCAGCUCCCAGAGCAGCUGCUAGUAACAAACGGCACAAAAGAAACUACGGCAGAGCACAUAUUCCAGCUACUGAACGCGUUUAUCCAUGAGAAUGGACUGGACUGGAAAAAGUGUGUGGGGGUGUGUACAGACGGCGCGAGGGCUAUGACGGGUCAUAACAGCGGGGUAGCCACUCGCAUCAGAGAGGUGGCACCUGAGAUGCGCUGGACUCACUGCAGUAUCCACCGUGAGGCACUGGCAGUGAAGAAGAUGCCUGAUGACCUGAAGUCUGUGCUGGACUCUGCUGUAAAAACUGUGAACUUCAUAAAGUCCAGACCGAUGAAUGCUCGCUUAUUUCAUGUGCUCUGCGAGGAGAGAAAAAGCAGCCAGUGUGUAAAGGUGAGACAGCAAGAACUGUUACUUGCAGCUAGCUAUAGCAGUAGCAGCAGUGUUCUCCUGCUGCAGAAAGGUCACCUCUCUCUGUGGGUGACGUUGACGUGCACCGAUAAAGGUCACGGUGUGGGCCUCGACGCAGAGCUGCACCCGGGGGCCCGUUUACCCCCUGCUGGCCCCGCCCCCUCUCUCACAAUGCACCGCUCUCCAGCCCCGACAGAGGCUGAGUAG